AUGGGAGGAAGGAUACAUGGAUUUCUUGGAGGUGUGCUACUCACCUCGGCAUUGACAUACUACACCGGCCAGAUGUUCCACACAAAUUCCAAGUUUAUUUCACAGCAGCUCCAACAAUCAAACAAUACUAUCAACAAUAGAAUCCUUACUGACUCCGACUAUAAGCAAGUUAGGAUUCCAAACAACCAUAUAACAACCACAGACAGAACUUUUUCAGAGACAUGCAAGGAUAUAUGGAACGAGGAGAUUAUCAAGAUGGUGAAUUGGGUAUACGGAAUCAAUUGGUAUAAAUUAGGAUUGAAGUUCGAUAAUGAGUCCAAUAGGAUAUUGGAUAAAGUGGCUGAACUGUUUGUUAACAAGAAAUAA